GUGCUCCCCUCAGCUUGCCGCGGCGCCUGCGCAGUGACUGGAAGUGUUCCCGGAGGUCGCGUCUUGCCCGGGUCUCCCUCGUCCUCAGCGCUCGCCCGCGCGGUCCUGCCACGGCCUUCCCGCUGCCCGCACCAUGGGCCUCGGCUACGACUCCUCAGUGCGAGUUGAGUGGAUUGCAGCCGUGACAUUUGCUGCUGGGACAGCUGCUCUCGGUUACCUGGCUUACAAAAAGUUCUAUGGUAAAGAUAAUCGUACCAAAGCUAUGGUGAACCCUCAUAUCCAGAAAGACAACCCCAAGGUCGUGCACGCCUUCGACAUGGAGGACCUGGGAGAUAAGGCCGUGUACUGCCGCUGCUGGAGGUCCAAAAAGUUUCCGUUCUGUGAUGGGGCUCACAUAAAACAUAACGAAGAGACUGGAGACAACGUGGGACCUCUGAUCAUCAAGAAAAAAGAAGCUUAAUGGACAUUUUCAGUGCUGCACCCCAGAGUGUUGUGAUGUCACCUGAUCGUUUAAUUAGAAUUGAUUAAUUAACGAGACACUCACUCUGUCUGAUUGGCCUCCCUGGUUCUAGAUGUGGUUGGUACCUCACAAAUCGCAGCUUUCGUAUUCAUGGCUUUAGCCUUGCUGUUGGAGCAUCGUGGUGCACAUUUGUUGAAAGAGCAUAAAAAAGAAAGGCUAAACCAACCUCAUGGUAUAUGGGUUAUUUUGGUCUUGUAAGGAUCCGUUGCUUUACAAUAAUGGUCUUAGAAUAUAGUUGUAUCUGAGGUUAGCAUAUUAAAUUAUUCUCAACAUCAUGUACAUGUACAUUGUACUUGUAAAUUUAAAGAAAAAUCACCUUUUCAGAUUACUUAGUUAACUUAGAAGGUGAUGGAGUAUGAUCAAGUUGCGUUGAUUUAUUACAGCAUAAGGGAAACCUGCCAUGACCUUGUCUGUCCUUGUGGCCAAGGUGAUGGCGUAGGUUCAUCUUGUGUGUUUUAAUGUUCUCAGUCAGAAUUAACUGAAUGUUAUUCUCCCUAAAAUCGCCCAGGUCAACAAUAAAGGGGCAACAACUUCCUUGUGUUCCUUUCUGUGGAUAUUUAAUUGAUCCACCAAUAGCAGAAAUCUAGACCACCACAGUGAUGUUGGUUAAGUAGUCACAAAGAAUGUUGGGACCGUGGCUCUGUGGAUAAAGUGCCUGUGUAAAUCCAGGCAGGCAUGGCAGCUUGCCUGUCAUUCCAGCCUUGAGAGGUAGGGGUUAAGAAUCAGCCGAACAAGCUGACCAACUGGACUAGCCAGAAUCAAUGAGAUCUGAGUAAAAUCAGAGGCACUGCCUCAGAUCAGUGGAGAACUAGAAAAGAAGACACUAGUGUCAAUCUCAGACCUCCAUCUGAACACACCCCUGCACAUACAUGCACCACAUGCAUGUGAAUAUGAUUGCACACAUCCAUAUGUGCAAAAACAAAACAAAAUGUCAUAUAGGACUUAAGCCCAAUAGCAGAAGGGCAUUGGCCUGAAGGCCUUAUGGGUUUUGAUACCCAUGUUCACGUAUAUUGAUCCCGAAAUCACACAGCCUUGCAGAGAGUAACAAGUUCCAAUCAAAAGCAUAGGAAAUCUUAUUUCCCACCCUAGCUAAUCAAGUGCAUGGCUUGCACUAGUAAAGAAACUAGCUUUGAAGAUAAAAAGGGUCCCAUCUUUUCAACUGUGCAGCCUUUUCCUUACAAAGGCUCGAAGACUGUGUUAAUGUGCACAGUUGCUGCUCUUCCUGAACAGCCAAGGCUUCACGUCCUCAUCAGUGACGAGCUGAGCCCCCAUGAGCAGUGUGCUCUCUUCUCUGCCAUUUACUGACCUUCUCAGCCUGUGUGUGUGCAUGUUGUAUGUGUUCAUACGGGGUAUGUGGUCCCAUGUGGAGGCCAGAGGUCACUGUUGGAUCUCAUAGAUUUGGCUAUAUUGGCUGGCCAAGGAGCUCCAGGAAUAAUUCUGUUUUCCCCAAACCCCCAGCACUGGAUUCCAAUGCUGGAAUUUCAGGCGCACCUCUCUUUUCUGGGGGUCUAGGGUUCCUGACUCCAGUCUUCACACAAACCACAGCAGGCGCUUUACCCACGAAACUGUCUGCAGCCUGUUUCUCGGCCGUUUAAGUCUAGGAAGUUGUACUAACUGGCCCUUUCAGGGUUUGUCUCCAGAUUUCAGACCAACAUACACAUGUGGCUGUCUCCCCAGGAAGGGGAAACCGCUCCAAGUCUGGCCUCACUUUCCGCAGAAAGGUCUUGAGUUCUCUUGAUUUCCAGUGUGAAGGGCCAUGUUAGAGAUGCAGAGACAUCCGUCUGUCAGAUGUGUACACCCCAUAAUUGCACAUCACAGUUUGUGAUGGAACCAAAAAGAUAAGCGUUCGAUUAUGGCAUCAUAUGGUAAGGUUUAUUUGGUAAAUGAUAGCCGCUCCCAGUUAGGUAGAUGGUUUUUUAUUUUUGCAUCCAUCAUGGUGACAUUUGGCUUUUGCCUGAGGUCCCCAGUUAGUAGCCUACGUGGUAUAGGCUCUGUUUGAGAGUGUGUUCUGCUAGUUGCCAAGACGUAUUUAUUAGAGACAGAGUCUUACCGUGUGACGCAGGCUAGCUUUGAACACAGGUCUGUCUCGGCCUCUCUCCUGCUAGGGUCACAGACCUAAGCUUCCGUGAUAGACCUGUCCCUGACAGGCAGAGCCACUUCUCAGCCUUUUAAGUGGAUGUGAUUGUGCUGAAUGACAUAAAACUUUGGUCCCCAAAUUUUGACCAAGUUCAAAUGUUUAGCUCUCCAGGAAGGAAAAGUAAUAAUAAAAAGUUAUCAGCAUGAAUUUACUUUUUAUUGUAAGGCAAUUCCAGUAUUUACGGUAUCAAAGUAUCCUUCAA